ACCAACCUGCUUGGCCUGUACAAACCACUCAGCGUGAAGCACAACACGAGCUGGGUUUUCCCCAUUCAUGAAGCCAACACUGACUCAUCCCUGUGAGUGCUCUUGGUCAUUCAGCCACCUGCAGGAACAUUUUACAACUCUCAUGUUGCCUGUUGCCUCCACUGCUCCUAAAAUAACCAGGCACCAUCACAACCCCAAACCCUCUUCCUCCUCCUCCUUCUCCCUCCACCUCUGGCCCUCCCUCCCCCAUCAACCCCGCCACAUGGUUACAGUUAAGUACAUAAAUCAGGCGCCACCGCUGGUGUGAGCGCUGUGGAGGCAGACAAGAGGCACACAUGCACUUCACGCCGCCGCGGCUUGUCGCUGCAGCCGGUGCAGCGAAGGAGACUCGCCGCUUUUUCCAUCACACGGAGGCGGAAUGGCUUGAGAGCAGACAACACGGACUCGUCCCGAUCGGCUGAUGCACGAUGAUUUUCUGACUGUCUGCCUGUCUCUGUGUGUCCGUCCGUCUUGCCGCGAAUUGCUGCAGUGCUGUUUUUCCAGGUGUUUUGUGUGUGUGUGUGUGUCUGUGUGUGUGAGUGUGUGUGCGUGCGUGUGUGUGCAUGGUGGUGUUGUAGUCUGGUGUAAUUCUCUUACGAAUUGAACUAAGCCGGGGAACGGAGUCUGAUGUCACAUGUGCUUCAUCGGAGGAGACGGGGCAUCUGCAAGCUGGAUUUUGUGGAGGAUGCUGCGGCAAGUGAUACACAGAGGGCUCAAGGCUUCGUUCUACUGGCUGGGCUUAUUCGUUAGCAGACAUCCCGUUUUCUUCCUCACUGUCCCCGCGGUCCUCACCAUCAUUUUCGGAUCUACCGUGCUGAGCCGAUUCAAGCCGGAGACCGACCUGGAGGUGCUGGUCGCCCCUACUCACAGCCUCGCCAAGAUCGAGCGGAGUCUCGCCAACAGCCUGUUUUCCAUCGACCAGUCGAAGCACAAGCUGUACUCGGAUUUGCACACCCCGGGCAGAUAUGGCAGGCUGAUCCUGCUGACCAAGUCCGGGGGGAACAUCCUGGAGCUGGCCGACCAGGUCCUGCAGGUCCACAAGCAGGUGUUGGAUUUGCGCGUCAAUUACAAGGGAUUCAAUUACACGUUCGCGCACCUUUGCGUCUUGAGCCACAGGGACAAGCGCUGCCUCCUGGAUGAUAUCAUCACCAUCUUCGAAGAUAUCAGGCAGGCUGUGCUUUCCAACAGCACUUUCCAUAAGGUGCCCGUGAGCUACCCAAACACAACACUGAAGGAUGGACGUGUGUCCUUCAUUGGCCACCAGCUGGGCGGUGUGUCUUUCUCACCCAACAGCCGUGACCAGCAGGUCAAGUUCGCCCGUGCUGUCCAGAUCACCUACUACCUCCGCAACCAUGGACCUGUGGUGCAGGAUGCUAUCGCCGAGCGCUGGGAAAACGAGUUCUGCGCUCUUGUCAGCCGGCUGUCCACAGCUGAGGCACCCCACCCAUCCGACCAGCUCCACAUCCAGUCACUCACCUCUUUCAGUCUGUGGCGGGACUUCCACCAGACAGGUGUGCUGGCCAAGGGGGAGGUGUUGGUCAGCCUGGUGCUGGUGCUCCUGGCCGCCACCAUCUCCAGCUCCAUGCGGGACUGCCUGAGGGGGAAGCCAUUCCUGGGACUCCUGGGCGUGUUGACCAUCUGCAUUGCCAAUGUGACUGCCGCAGGGAUCUUCUUUAUAUCAGAUGGGAAGUUCAACUCUACGCUGCUGGGGAUCCCAUUCUUUGCCAUGGGGGGCACAAAUGGAGGAUAUGACGUGUCUCUGAAGGAAAACAACAGAAUAGGUCAUGGAACUAAAGGGGUGUUCGAGCUGCUGGCAGGCUGGCGGAGAACAAGGGAAAAUCUCCCCUUCAAGGAGCGUGUGGCGGAUGCUUUUGCUGACGUGAUGGUGUGCUACACGAUGACCAGCUCACUCUACAUCAUCACAUUUGGCAUGGGAGCUAGCCCCUUUACCAACAUCGAGUCUGUGAAAAUUUUCUGCCAGAGCAUGUGCGUUGCCAUUCUGGUCAACUACUUCUAUGUUUUUUCUUUCUACGGCUCCUGCCUGGUGUUUGCCGGACAGCUGGAGCAGAACCGCUACCACAGUGUUUUCUGCUGUAAAAUCCCUUCUGUGGAGUACCUGGACCGCCAGCCCACAUGGUUUAAAACCAUGAUGAGUGAUGGACAUGACCUGUCCACACACCAUGACAGUGUCCCGUACCAGAAUCACUUCAUCCAGCACUUUCUGCGUGAACACUACACAGAAUGGAUUACCAACACUUAUGUCAAACCCUUUGUGGUCAUUCUGUAUCUCAUCUAUGCCUCUUUCUCAUUCAUGGGAUGUUUACAAAUUAGUGAUGGAUCAAAUAUCGUGAACCUGCUGGCUAGUAACUCUCCAAGUGUUUCAUAUGCUUUGACACAGCAAAAAUACUUCAGUAACUACAGUCCUGUGAUUGGGUUUUACAUCUAUGAGCCCAUUGAAUACUGGAACUCAACGGUGCAGGAACACCUGAAGACUCUGAGUCAUGGCUUCAACAAGAUCUCCUGGAUGGACAACUUUUUCCACUACCUGCGAGUGGUGAAUGUGAGUGCGUCAACCAAGAGUGACUUCAUCACCAUACUCAAGAGCUCCUUCCUACGCAGCCCGGAGUACCAGCACUUCACUGAGGACAUCAUAUUCUCAAAAAACCGUGAGACUGACGAGUACGACAUUAUUGCAUCGCGGAUGUACCUGGUGGCACGGACAACAGAGAAGAAGCGCGAGGAGGUGGUGGAGCUUCUGGAAAAGCUGCGUCCGUUGAUGCUGAUCAACAGCAUCAAAUUCAUUGCCUUCAAUCCUACAUUUGUGUUCAUGGACCGCUACAGCUCCUCUGUCAUCUCUCCCAUCCUGACCUCAGGAUUCAGCGUACUCACAAUCCUCAUCCUCACUUUCUUCCUGGUCAUCAACCCCUUGGGUAACUUCUGGCUCAUCCUCACUGUUACAUCUGUGGAGCUGGGUGUCUUGGGUUUGAUGACCCUCUGGAACGUUGGCAUGGACAGCAUCUCAAUCCUGUGCCUUAUUUAUACCCUCAACUUUGCCAUGGAUCACUGUGCACCACACCUGUACACUUUUGUGCUAGCCACCGAGCACACUAGGACGCAGUGCAUCAAGUUGGCACUGGAGGAGCACGGGGCAGCCAUCCUGCAGAACACAUCCUGCUUUGUGAUUGGGAUCAUGCCUUUAGUGUUUGUGCCUUCCAAUCUGACCUACACACUGUUCAAGUGCUCCCUCCUCACCGCGGGCUGCACUGUGCUACAUUGCUUCGUCAUCCUGCCCGUCUUCUUGACCUUCUUCCCACCCUCCAAAAAGAGACACAAGAAAAAGAAGCGGGCCAAACGUAAAGAGCGGGAGAGGGAAAGAGAGCGGGAAAGAGAGAGGGAAAGAGAGCGGGAGGAGAUAGAGUGCAUUGAAGUCAGGGAGAAUCCUGAUCAUGUGACAAAUGUCUGA